GGAUUCAACAGUAAGAUUUCUCUCUAUCUCUCUUGCUAGAAAUUGAUGGUUCUGUUCUUUUUAGUGACCCUGCGACAGGUCUAAAUAAUACGUGUAUCUAUAUUGCUUGGGGUGCAAGGUAGUGGAGCGCAUUGCAUUCAAUAUACUAAACUAAUGGUUUUUAGAGCCAAGGACAGGCGUCUUCUGGAACGUCGAGGACUACCCAAUCCCUAAUCUCUAUCCUCAUACGAUUUUUCAAAAUAUUAAAUCAGCUCUUGAGAAUAAGGUACGGUGGUGAAGUGAAAAUCUUGGGUUAUUAUGAGAAGAAUAACAUAUCCGAGGUUCGGUUUUGUCAAAGGUUCAUUGAGUAUCAUAAUGCCGGAAUCAUGUUACGCGGAGUGUCAGGCGAUAAAGCUGCGAGAGUUGGUCAAAUGAUAGUGCGCAUUUGUUUAUGGCCACUGGAUAAUCCUGUAUCAAAUUUGAUGGUAGUCUUUAAAAACAUCUCACAAGAACCCGAGCUCAUCAGGGUUCUUCAAGCUCUGAGAUUGAAUAAUUUCAAUGUUCUCUUAGCACAGCAUUUUAAUGUCGAAACACCAUUGCUACUUCAAACUGUAAGCUCAUCCAUAUGGCUUUCCACAAGCCUAUUUGAUCGAGGAAUCCUUAUCAAACCAAGCUUUACUUCAUCCGCAGCCUCUUGGCCACCAGAAACCAUGUACAAAGGACUCAAUGAAACAAAUGUAUUCUGGGACGUCGAGGACUGCCCAAUCCCUAAUGGUGUCACUACUGAUGAGUUUUUACAGAAUAUCAAAUCAGCUCUUGUAAAUAAGGGUUAUCUUGUAAAAUUGCUAGAGUUGAUAAAAUGUUUAUGGACAUUUGUUUUUUCACACUGAACAAUCCUGUGGAGUAUCCUAAAAGAUCAAAUUUGGUGGUGAUGGCGAGAAGCUACAAUUUAGAAGUUGACCAGCUAAAGGUUGAUAAACCUCUCGUUUUCAAAAUAGAAAUGUUGGACGGUUUUCUUAAAGCUUUGAGAACGAGAGGUUACAACGUUCUCUUAGCAGAACCUGAUGAUUCCUAUAGAAGAUCCGUUUGGCUUUGGCCAAGCCUUGCCUAUGGAGGAAACCCUAUCCAACAUUCGGUUCUCACUACUACUUGUCAUAUUGGUUAUGUUGUCUCCGUCAUCGCAGGCACAUGUAUCUUCUGGGACGUAGAGGAUUUCCCAAUCCCUAAUGGUAUUGACACUACUGAUAAGGUUAUUCUUAAUAUCAAAUCAGCUCUUGCGAAAACGGGUUAUGAUGGUAAAGUGUCAAUCGUGGCUUAUUAUGAGAAGAAUAAGAUCUUGGAUGAUUUCCACUUGGUACCUGCAGGAGAUAAAUCUUCGAGAGAAUAUAGAGAGUUCAGCGACGUUCUUCAACUUUUGUCAGGGAGAGGUUACAAUGUUGUCUUAGCACUGCCUGAUGUGGCCGCAUAUUUACGCUCUGCUUUUCUUCUUGAAUCCAUGAAACAAAUUACGUCAUUUCUUCCUAGAGGAAGCUUUUUUGGAUGCAUUCUGGCUGCUGACAGACUUGAGAACCUCUGUUCUCCGUUUCCUUCUUCCCAUCAGUCUCAACGUUCCCAACUGUUCCAACCUGUUCCUCUACUCCAUCAAUUUCUCCCUCUUCUAGAACUUUCUGUAUCCAGAACCAAGAAACCGGAGCUCAUCAGGGUUCUUCAAGCUUUGCGAUUGAAGGAUCACAACGUUCUCUUAGCACAGCCUGAUCAUAAUAAUGUCGAAGCGGCAGUUCUAAUUCACACGUCUGUAAGCUCAUCGGUAUGGCGUUCGAGAAGCCUACUUGAUCGAGGAAUCCUUAUCAAACAAACCGGAAACUCACAACAUGAUGAGACUUGUGCUUGUAGCGGAUGCUUACAAGCUGUUGAGAAUAAGCUUGCCAAGAAGCGUAAGAAGCAGCAGGAGCGUAAGAAGCGGAAGAAGCAGAAGCAGCAGAAGAAGUUCAAGGUCACAACUACUACCAAGGGGGACACUGAAAGUAACUGA